GGAAAAGACAUCUCUUGAAACAGCGAUAGGAGUGACUCUGCUGAACAGAAAGCUCCAGGGGGACUGGUGCUUGUACGAACGACAAAGUCAUCUUCAUUUUCACUAGAGUUAGGACUCCAGAGGAACUUGGUAAAGAGCAGAAUGGCAGCACAGGUGAAGGGAGCUUCAACCAUGGCAAACAAGGGUCCAUCGUAUGGGAUGAGCCGCCAAGUGCAGGAUAAAAUCGAGCAGAAGUACGACCCUGAGCUGGAGGUGCGUUUGGUGGAGUGGAUCGGGACUCAGUGCGGCUCUGGGGUCGGAAAACCGGAGGCUGGAAAACUGGGUUUCCAGGCCUGGCUCAAAGACGGAUGUGUUUUGUGUGAGCUCAUCAAUACUCUGUGUAAGGACAAGCCUGUGAAGAAGAUCCAGAGCUCCAGCAUGGCUUUCAAACAGAUGGAGCAGAUCUCACAGUUCCUCAAUGCUGCCGAGCGAUACGGCGUCGUCAAAACCGACAUGUUUCAGACCGUAGACCUGAAUUUCUGUGCAUCUUUAAUUGAGCUGUGCUUUAAUCACGCUGCUGCUGUGACGUCAGGGAAGGACCUGGCCGCGGUGCAGAGGACACUCAUGGCUCUGGGCAGCAUCGCUGUUACUAAAGAUGACGGCUGCUUCCACGGAGACCCCAACUGGUUCUUCAAGAAAGCUCAGGAGAACCGGAGAGAUUUCUCUGAUGGCCAGCUGAAAGAAGGGAAGAAUGUCAUAGGCCUGCAGAUGGGAUCCAAUAAAGGGGCGAGCCAGUCUGGCAUGACAGGCUACGGCAGACCUCGACAGAUCAUGAACCCAUGAGUCCAGCGCUCACCACGUCCUUCCCUCGGCUCCCGAGCACCCCAGCUGACCCACAGUGUCAUAAACACAGACUCCACUCAGUACUAAAACACGCUUCCACACCCAGUGUCAGUCCAUCCUUGUGAAAGAUAUUUGGUCUAAUUAAAAUCUUCUUUGUUGAA